GCCAGCGCUGCAGUGCCGGAGCCGAGGGGACCCGGGCCGCCGCCCCGCCGCGCCUCCUGCCCGCUGCCGGCUCCCUGUCCUCGGACUCGCUCCAACAGCCUGUUAAAACAUGGUGGAUUACUAUGAAGUUCUAGGCGUGCAGAGGCACGCCUCGGCCGAGGAUAUUAAAAAGGCGUACCGGAAACUGGCACUCAAGUGGCAUCCAGAUAAAAACCCCGAGAAUAAAGAAGAAGCAGAGAGAAAAUUCAAACAGGUGGCCGAGGCGUAUGAGGUGUUAUCGGACGCUAAAAAACGAGACGUCUAUGACAGAUACGGCAAGGAAGGACUGAACGGUGGAGGCGGAGGUGGAGUUCACUUCGACAAUCCGUUUGAGUUUGGCUUCACAUUCCGUAACCCGGAUGAGGUCUUCAGGGAAUUUUUUGGUGGACGGGACCCGUUUUCAUUCGACUUCUUCGAAGACCCAUUUGAGGACUUUUUUGGGAGUCGACGAGGCCCCCGUGGAAGCAGGAACCGAGGUGCGGGGUCGUUCUUCUCUGCCUUUGGUGGAUUUCCGUCUUUUGGAGGAGGGUUUUCGUCUUUGGAUACAGGAUUUACUCCCUUCGGGCCGGCGGGGCACGGGGGCCUCACCGCCUUCUCCUCCACGUCGUUUGGCAGUAGCGGGAUGGGCAGCUUCAAGUCCAUAUCGACGUCCACAAAAAUGGUUAAUGGCAGAAAAAUCACUACAAAGAGAAUUGUGGAGAACGGCGAAGAGAGGGUGGAGGUGGAGGAGAACGGCCAGUUGAAGUCCCUGACGAUAAAUGGUGUGGCGGACGAGGCGGCCCUGCGGGAAGAGCGCCUGCGCAGAGGCCAGAGCGCGCUGCCCUCCCAGCCCGCCGGCAGCAGCGCCCCCUCGCCGAGGGUGCACGCGCCCGCCGCGCUGCCCAAGCACCAGGCUCUGCCCGUCCACGAGGAGGAAGACGAGUCGGGCCGGCCGCGGGCCGCCAGCAGCCCCUGGGACCCCUUCGCGCUCUCUGCAGGACUCAAAGACGGCAGCAAGAGGAAGAAGCCGAAGCGGAGGGACGAGUCUAAGAAGAGGAGGCCGACCAAGGGCGAGCACUAGGCGGGCUCGCACCACCCCCCCCAGGCCCCCGGCCCCCCGGCCCCCCCGGCCCCCCGGCCCCCCGCCCCCCGGCCCGCGCGGCGGUGCGUAGCGCACGCGUUAGGUAGCGGCACCUGCUUGGCCACCGCCGGACACCUCACCCUCUCGGCUCGGGGAUGCUGAUGACGCACCGGUCAGCGCGGGGACGGAGGGGGCGGGAGAGCCGGUCGUGGCGGCAGUACCGGCGUGGAGCCCGCCCGGGCCGCCCUCACUUCUCCCAGCACUAAAUCCAGUAGCGGCUCUGAGGUACUCCAGGACCCAGCUCCUUCUUUCCGACUGUUGGGGGCCCGACGCCGAGGGUCGGAGGGUGGCGGGUGCAGGCAGGUGUGUGUGUUCACGAAUGACGCCCUCUCCUCCCUGAGGGACAGCCCUCGGAGCGAGGGCGAUGGCACCUCCCGCACGGAGUCCGCGCCGCUGGGGACCUUCCCUGCAGGUUAGGGGGCCACACCUCCCGGAGUGUCCCGGCCACGUCCCUGGGGGCCCGCGGGCCAGUCACUUUAGACAUAAAGUCAUUCCUGACAUUUACCGUACUUUGAAUCUUCUCCAAGUAGCCGAACUUGACUUUGAAUAUUGUUUAGUUUUUGCUAAAUUCCAUCCUUUUCUCUUGGACCCAUAAUUCUUCUCAGCACACACACAGGAUCCUACAGAAUUCGAUUGGCGGUACCCUCUCUGCUCUAGGUUUGGGUCGUUGCAGGGAAGAGUGGAUGCGGUAUUCACACACACACACACACACACACACACACACACACGCAGAUCGGAAGGAGAGCGCUGAAGUAAAUACUUCAGUUGUAAACAUUGGCUCCUUUGAAAACGUCCUUUAUUUUCCCAGCAUUGGUUUCUCUGCUGCCCGCACACUCACGUCUUUGCAUGAGCAGUGGCCUCCUAACCCUUGUCUGCCCUGACCCGAUCCCGAUCCCGAUCCCAACCUAUUCUGCAGGCCUCUCCUCCUCUUGAACACAAGGGCCUGUCCGCUCCGCUUGGAAACGAGGCCUCUGGCAGAGCUUUGACGUGAUGCGACAGUGCCCGUGCCGAGACUCUGGAGCGCCGAGCCCGCCGGCCCCGUGGCCCCAUGGCCGUGUCAUGGGUGUCGUGGGCGUGGAAGCCGGAGAUGAGCGUAACCUUUGUGAUUCUAAGUUGACUGUUAGGAGAAGGCUGCUUUGUUUGGCUUUGGCGGGAGGUGGUGUGGACGGGUAUUUACGGCUUACUGUGGAAAAUGUACCCAUGAAAUCAUAGUGUAUUUUAAGUGCUACUGACAUAAAUAAAACGUAAGCGCUGCCUCUGA